GAGGCGAUGCAUGUGAGUACUUUAGGACCUGCUAAGUAUGAAGAAACCACUACCAAAUAUUGAGGAUUGAGCCGCCGAAAGCUAUAUUCUUAAGAAGCGAUAUUCUAUCCUGAAUAUUUCGAAACGUCGAGUCAGGAUAUUUAUAUCAGUAAUUUCAAGCAUAACCUUGCCUUCCAUACUUCUCUUAUAUCACGGUUUCUUUCGUCAUUCACUCAACUAUAUCAAUACUUGGUAAGUAAACUUUAUCAUUCACUGUCGAUCUGCUAUUUGUAAAGCUUGAUGGAGGUGAUGUUGAACAGAAGAUAAUACCUUUCAAGUGAGGUCUAAACUAAUGUCAUGGAAAAGGGUACACAGAACCAUUUCCAGAACAAACUUCAGUCUACCAUGUAUUCCCCCUUCUUCAAACAAGACUUAAGGCCGAGAAAACACCUUGGCCAGGAUAUAAUUUGGUCCCAUCCAACUCCACCGCCAGCCAUAGAAGGGUUGGCGAUGAGUCGAAAUUAUUCUAACCAAAGCUCGAUCAGCACACAAUCUAGAUCUUCUGAGGACUUUUACUUGCCGAUUUCCAGCAGUUCAUCUAUGUCUUUCGACUGGAACGUCUCCGAUUCAUCACAGCAUCAUGACGAUGGUUAUAAUCAAGGCUAUAACAACUAUACAACAGCAUCACACAGUCUUGAAAGAAGCUUGUCAAGCCAUAGCAAUUUUAUGAAAGCGACACCAUCUAGUCUUGGCUGGGCCCCCGAAAGUGAACUCCUAAGACUCUAUAAAUUCAUCGUACCUAAAGGGAAAGAGCCACAUCUAGAAUUACGUCAGGGAUAUCAAAUUUGUUUUAAUGUGCCACAGCGGGUGUAUCUUGAUCCACCCAGGUAUGUUGAAAUACAUUGAAAGAUUUGCUAAUGCUAAUACGCACAUAGUAAUCCUCAAAGAGGAAUUUAUCCCUGUCAAUUCCCAACCGGCUGUCCAGGAAAACAAUUCCGUAGACCUGCAGAUCUAGAACGUCAUUACAGACACGUACACGCUGAUGCAGAUCAAAAGGGGAGUUUCCCAUGCGAUUACAAACCAUGUACUCGAUCCAAGGGUCCCUUCACACGAAAAGAUCAUUACAGAGACCACCUCAAAGAUUUCCACAAAGAAGACAUCGGGACGGCUAAACAACCCAAACAUGCAAAAGAUCUCAAGACAAUACAAGCUCUUCGGCAAGCCUGGCUCCAGGAACGUCAAAUUGAUCCUAGAUGGUGGAGAUGUAGACGUUGUCUUCAGAGAGUAUAUGUGGAUACUCAUGGUUAUAAAUGUAUAACAUGUAAUGAAGAAUGCACUGAAGAAAGAAUCAAAGCUCGUGAACAAAAGAAACAUGAGAUGGAAAAGGAAAAGACGCAAUAUCCUGAACAGGAUUUGUCUAUGACUCAUGGGGGGCAGUGUACGAGUUGUAAUGGGAGUAUGUGGAUUACGGAUAGUGUUUUUGCAGAGGGAAAUUCGGUGCCCUGUCCGAUUUGUUUGCCGAGUGGAGAAAUUGUUUAUGAGGAGGCGGAGUGGGAUGGGGAUGAUAUUAAUAGGUUUGAUACGAGUUAUGCAGCUGCGUAUUAGCCGUUUUCUUAGGAGUUGUGGGAUAUUUUUCGAUGAUUCGAUGGGUUAUGGGUUAUGGGGAGAGAGUAGUUACUCUCGAAAACAAAAGAUAUCGCUUUUUUCGGGUAUAUAAGGCGUUGGAGUCGGCGGGCGACCAAACUGGUGGCGUUAAGUUCAAUACAGAAGAUUGGUUUAGGAUUUGGCUUGGGAUGGUUUUCAUGAUAUAUCCUUUUUAAUAUUUGAUUUCUGCAUCAUCCUCUAUUCAUUUUCUCUCUUUGUUUCGCUACUUGAUGACAGUUUCAUUUGGACGUGGGUUUCC